AUGGCAUCCAUUUAUUUGGUCCUUCUUCUCUCUUUGUUCAAUUUUAUUUUGAAAAUUGAAUCCACCCACUACAGAACAUUAAUGGUUGAUAAAAAUGCUUCCCCUGAUGAGAUUGAAGAAGCAUUUAACGAAAGGAAAGAAAAAAAUCGAACUGCAAAACAGAGCGAUAAAGACUUUUUUGAUAAUUUGGAAAAAUUGUCAGAAGCUCAUUCGAUUCUUAGUGAUAAAACAAAAAGGGAAAAAUAUGAUAGAGAACUUGCUAAAAAUAAAGGAAAAUCUAAGGAAGGGGAAAGUUCAAAUGCUGGAAAUAUAAACCAAGAAGAGAGUCGACGUACAUCGCAGUAUUUUGGCGGAGGAACGCAUCAUUUUAGAGGGGGAAUAAUUAACAACACCGGAUCAUUCUUUGGCACAGAAACUGGUGAAUUUGUCUCAGGAGAUCAGGUUAACAUGGGAUCCUCAUUUGGUGGAUCAAGAUCCUCAAUUGGAAAAGGGUUCCCACGUGGAGGGAAUAUCCGAAGUUGGAAUGGAGGAGUUGAUUUCGUGAAAUUAUCAGUAUUCAAAGAAGGAAUUCUUGUUGAAAGCCCUGAGCAGUAUUCUGAGUUUGUUAAAAAUUUAAAAAUCAGUGGUGGAGUAGGGAAAGCAAUAAUUUAUGGAAAUAACAUAAAAGCAAAAACCAAAGGUUCCAAUUUUUUAGAAGAACCAGUUAAAGUUCGUGUUAAUGGAGGGAUCAGCAAUGUUUCUACAACUACAAGUAAAUAUAUAUUUGAAGAAAUCAAACCAAAUCACGCAAUAAAGGACAGUUUUAGCAUAAAUGGGGGCAUCAAUAAUCUCGAGGUUAUCCAAAGAAUUAAUUUAGAAUUCAAAUUGUUUAUGUGUCAAUCUUAA